GGGGGGUGGGGAUCUCCCCGCCGCCGCCUGAGGAAUGUCAACUAUUCAACAUGGAGACGGCGGUUACCAGGCUCGAGACCCUGUUCCAGAAAGCAGAAUCUGAUCUGGAUUUUAUUCAGCGCAGAGUGGAGUUGGAAAUAAUGAAAAGUCUUUCUGAGGAUACAGCAGUAGAGGAGGAUCCAGCUGCUCUCCUGAAGGAGCUCCCAGUGCUGAAAUCCAGGUACAAAUCCCUGUGUGCCCAGAUGGAGGAGAUCUCCCUGGAGCAGAAGGAAUCCAUGGAGAGCAUCCGUGCUGCCCUGGAGAAAACCAUGGAGAUUGUGCAGGCACUGCAGCAGCAAACCCAGCUGGAGAACUUACCUCUGUCAGCAGCAGAACAGACUGCAGCCCAGCAGUUAAACCUGGAAACUGAGAAAGAAAUGGAAUUUUCAGUGCAAGAGCCAUCCUCCCCAGGAUCUACAGACCCUGGCUCAGCUGAAGAAGCCCAGUUCAUCCCACUGACUAAGGAAGCAUUUCUGAGUGUGCCCAGGAGCAUUAGAAGCACUGUCAAGUUAGCAGACCUGAAUAAUUUUUACAAGGAGUUAUUUAACCAUUUCAUUGUACAGAACAACAGAGCAGCACUGAGUCUUUCACAGAUGAAAAAGAUGAAUAUGAAAGCCACUGACUCAAGAAUUCGAAUCCUGGAAGAACUGGAGAUUGUAGAACUCGACAAACAAGGAAAUGUUAAAUUAGCUGUGUGAAAGAAAACUCAUCUGCCACAGAAUCA